UUGAGCAGCCGGAAUUUCAGGGCUGGUUGGCUGCAGUCCCUGGGGAUCCGUUCAGGGCGUUCUGCAAAGUUUGCAGCGCUAGUAUGGUCGCUGGCAGUAGCGAGCUUAAAAAGCACGCUGAAAGGCAAGGCCACAAGAAAGCCAUGUUAGGCCUCCAGAAACAACACCUCCUAACAGGGUUCAUCCAGAAAAAGCCAAAAGACUCCAUGGAUGACAAGGUGAAGAUGGCAGAGAUCAAGCUUUCUGCGUUUAUCACGGAACACUCCCUGUCAUUCAAAGCGAUGGACCACAUGGGCGAGCUCGUGAAAACGGUGUUUCCUGAUUCUAAAAUCGCAGAACAGAGCAAAGAGAACCUCAUCGCUGUUAUGCAGCAAGAAAGCCUGAGGCUCAUUCGAUGCCUCUGCCAAAAUUUCAUGCGACCGGAAGCAAUUCAAGAUGUCGAGAAGCUCAACCCCAUGGAUCCGCGUUCUCUUCUUCCGCUGGAGGAAGUAUAUCUCGGAGAGAGCUGCCAAGAGCUUCUUCAAAGCAUGGAAGGGGGGAGCUCGGAUAUCAAGCACCUGAGGCUGCGGUGUCUGGAGUUCUACCAGACGGCUGUCUUCGAGGUGAAGAAAAGGCUCCCAGUUUCCGGACCAUUCUACCACGAGGUACAAUUCGUCCAACCCAGCACAGCAUUGAGCUACGAAGAUCGUAAACAGCUGCCCGUGCUGCCAGUCCUGCAAAGGCGCUACACACACUUGUUGCCACGCGCCGAUGCUCUGCAAGGGGAAUGGCGAAUGCUGCCUUCUUUUUUCACUGAAUCCGAGAAGGCACUUCUGCGAGAAAAGCCCGCCGCUUCAUUCUGGGGCGAAAUGUCCAAGCUAAAAAACUUCGAAGGCAAGCCCGAAUUCGAAAACAUCGCUUGCCUGGCAAAGUUGGUGCUAACACUGCCGCACUCCAAUGCUGAAACGGAAAGAAUAUUUUCCCUACUGACAGACGUGAAGACGAGGAAAAGAAACCGCCUUGCUCCGGACAGCAUCAACGCAGUGCUUGUCGUGAAAUCUGGCAUGACUGCAAGGUCAGAGACAUGCACUAAUUUCAAGGUGGAAAAGAAGCGCAUGAAGUUGUUCACCAGCGAAAUUUAUAAGGCGUAA